AUGCGGCCUGAUCGUCAUCGACGCAAAUCCAUCGCCAACCAGCGUACCUUGAACGAGCGCAGAGCCGGGCCACAGCUGCAAACACCAAGUCGGUUCAGUCGCCAUGAUAACCAGAGAUUAGAAGAAGGUGCGCGAGUGGCACCGUAUUUCAGCAGUCAGGCUCAACGAACUCCCGGAAACUAUUUCCCCGAGGCCCAAUUGCCAUCACAUGAGGAUGCUCCGGAGUUGGAUGCGUUCGAUCUAACCUCAGAGAUCAUUGAACUAGACCUCGAGCUAUUGGCACAGUCCAAUGCACAGACGCAAAACCCUAGUCGUCAGAGCACGCAUGUUGACCACUACGCUGCUCUGAAUCACCCACGACCAGCUGUCCCUUUCCGAACACCGCGAACUCCUGGCAAAUCUAGCUCCUCAGGUGCUGGGAUGAGAUCACCUUCGAGUCCCUUAGUCAGGCUCCAAACCCUCAGGGAGACCAUGGAUCAUUUUCCACAGCGUCGAGAAGACGCUCGAGAUCAAACGGAAAUGCCCACUGAAACCUAUCGAUCUGCUACGGCUGCUCGGGGCACUGUCCUUGUAUCGGUGCAUGAGCUUCCAGAUAAGUAUCGCUCGAUAUUCUCUUUUCGCGUGUUCAAUACCGUGCAGUCCAAAUGCUUCGAGUCCGUCUACAGGAGUGAUUAUAAUAUGGUCCUUGCUGCUCCCACGGGAAGUGGGAAAACCGUCAUCAUGGAGCUGGCGAUAUGCCGUUUGCUCAACACACUCAAGGAUGAAAGGUUUAAGGUGGUCUAUCAGGCGCCCACGAAGUCGCUUUGCUCGGAGAGGUUCCGCGACUGGAAUGCGAAGUUUCAUACCCUGGGUCUGCAGUGCGCUGAGCUGACCGGCGAUACUGAUUAUACACAGCUCAAGACCGUGCAAAACAGCCAAAUCAUCAUCACCACCCCAGAGAAGUGGGAUAGUAUGACCCGGAAGUGGAAGGAUCAUGCACGGUUGAUGCAACUGGUCAAGCUCUUCCUCAUUGACGAGGUUCAUAUCCUCAAAGAGGCCCGAGGCGCAACACUCGAGGCGGUCGUGUCUCGCAUGAAGACUAAUGGUUCCAGGUUGAGAUUCAUCGCCUUGAGCGCGACGGUCCCCAACUCGGAGGACAUCGCCACUUGGCUUGGUCGCGAUGCCAUUAACCAGCACCUGCCAGCGCAUAGAGAGCACUUCGAUGAAAGUUUUCGUCCCGUCAAACUGCAAAGGUUUGUCUACGGUUAUCGAUCACAAGGGAAUGACUUUGCAUUCGACAAGAUGUGCAACACAAAGCUCCCUGAUUUGAUAGCGGCGCAUUCCUGUAAGAAGCCGAUAAUAAUUUUCUGCUGCACGAGGAACUCAGCCGUAUCCACGGCGAAAGAGCUCGCUCGCCUGUGGUCGAUGUCCAACCCGCCUGCGAGACCAUGGAAAGGAGCAAGCAGGCCUGUAGAAGCCCACAAUGCAGACCUGAAGAAUACGCUGAGUGCUGGUGUCGCUUUUCACCAUGCUGGUCUUGAUCCAGGUGACCGGCGUACAGUCGAAACUGGGUUUCUGCAGGGACAUAUCAGUAUUAUAUGCUGCACAUCUACCCUCGCAGUCGGGGUAAAUCUUCCGUGUCACCUCGUUGUCAUAAAGGGCACCGUGGGCUGGCAAGGUGGUGGAUGUAAAGAGUACUCUGACUUGGAGAUCAUGCAGAUGCUCGGUCGUGCAGGACGUCCACAGUUCGAUGACAGCGCCACCGCUGUAAUCAUGACCAGAAAAGAAUGCGAGGCACACUAUGAGAAGCUCGUCUCGGGGUCGGAGAGCGUUGAGAGCUGCCUGCAUCUGAAUCUCAUUGAUCAUCUAAAUGCGGAGAUCGGACUGGGUAAUGUGACUGACAUCGAUUCUGCCAUUAGGUGGCUGGGUGGAACUUUCCUAUUUGUGAGACUCAGAAGGAACCCCGCUCAUUAUCAGCUUCAAGAGAAUGCACACAUAGAGGAAGAAGAUGAAUUGCUUCGGCAGAUCUGUGAGAAGGACAUUAGGCUACUCCAAGAAUGUGGGCUAGUCACGGUGAACGGUCUGCGAUCAACCAGUUUCGGAGACGCAAUGGCUCGCUAUUACGUGCGGUUCGAGACCAUGAGGACGCUCCUCACAUUGAAGCCUCAAUCUACUGUUUCUCAGAUACUUUCCGUCAUCGCUCAAGCGGAAGAAUUCUCAGACGUUCGUCUCAAAGCUGGGGAGAAGUCCUUUUACAAAGAAAUCAACCGUGCCAACGGAAUACGCUUCCCCAUCAAGGUUGAUAUAGCGCUCUCAGCUCACAAGAUUUCGCUCUUGAUCCAAUCCGAACUGGGUGCGGUGGACCUUCCGGACGGUGAGCAGUUUCAGAAGCACAAAUUUAUCGUCCAGCAAGACAAGUCUUUCGUCUUCAGCCACAUAAAUAGGUUGAUUAGAUGCAUUAUCGACUGCCAGAUCGCACGUGAAGACGCGGUGACCUUGAGAAAUGCCCUCGAGUUGGCAAGGAGUUUCGGGGCUAAGGUCUGGGAUACAUCUCCACUACAAAUGAAGCAGAUCGAGCAGGUUGGGAUCGUCGCUGUCAGAAGACUGGCCGCGGCUGACAUCACAAGCAUUGAAGCACUGGGGCAGUGCGAGCCACAACGUCUGGACAUGAUAUUGAGCAGAAAUCCUCCAUUCGGCGCGAAACUGUUGGACCGCGUUGCGAGUUUCCCGCGGCUUCGGGUUGCCGUCAAGAUGACUGGAAAGGAAAUCAGGCCAGGAUUGCUGGUGAAAGUUCGUCUGAAGGCAGAGAUUGCUUUUAUGAACGAAAAGUGCCCAACCUUUUAUCUGAGGCGCCCCGUCUAUGUCUGUUUCUUGGCUGAGGUAUCAGACGGUCGUCUUCUGGAGUUUCGACGCAUCAGUGCGAGCAGAAUGUCAAACGGCCAGGAGAUUCUGCUGAGUGCGGAGCUGAAGGAUAAGGACCAGUUCGUGUCAUGUAGCGUUUCAUGUGAUGAUAUCGCUGGGACAUCGAGAUCCGCUGUCCUGAAGCCUGAAUUGCCACCGACAGUGUUCCCUAUCCGUCCGAAUGAGAGGCCCGAGACUGCCACGGCUUCGCCUCUUGUCAGUGUCUCUCGCCACGCUAGAAAUGACGCUUCCCAAAGCAAGCAACCCACUUCAGAAAGUGUUGUAACUCUUGAUAGUGAUGAAUCCUUGUUCGACAGCGUUCUGCAGCAAGAGGAUACCGCCUGGUCGGCUUUGGAACCAUUGCCAGUACCUACAAAACCCAAGACAAUGGAGAAGAUCCCCAACGUGAGCAAAAGCUUCGAGAGCACAAGCAAGGAUGGCGAUGUCGAGGACCCGGCGCCAAUGGCUAACGGCAAAUGGGCUUGCAACCAUCGAUGCAAGGAUAAGACAGUGUGUAAGCACCUCUGUUGUCGUGAUGGACUUGACAAGCCUCCCAAGGCGAGCAAAAAACAACCAUGUUUUCAAACGGGCAAGACGAAGGGCUUCAGUCAGACAACUCUGGGAGUAUCAAUGACGAAGAAGGACAGGAGUCAUCUUAAUGAGCUGCGUGGCAUCAAUUUGGAGGGAGGGUCCUGUACCUCGACACGAUGUCAGCCGCAAGAAAGUCAAGAUUAUCCCGUGGAGAGUGAACAGGAGCAACUUGGCCUCAGGGAAAGAUCACCUCGGGAUGUGUCCAGAAGCACUCUCUCGAGAGACCUUAGUGAUGAUGCCUUCAGCGAGUUCCCGUCCCCUGCUGCCUUAUUGCUUGGAGACCAGACGAACACGGAGAUUGAAGAUGGCGUGCCCUGUAAGGGAAGUGGCAUAGACGAAGGGACACCGAAGCUGGAUGAUAGCUGGUCUGAUGAUGAUACAUGGCUUGCUGUUCAAUCACCGCUUGAAAGCUCAACUCCUGCGAAAAAGGCGAAGGAUAAAAUCGUACUCACUACACCUUCUCAAGGUCAAACGGAAGAAAAUGUGAAAGAGCCUUCUGUCGAUGCGGUCCGUGAGAAGAAACGAAAGCUGUGUUCAUCGGAUGACAUACAGAUCAAGAGAAUCAGAUCGAGUGAACGGCCCUUUGUAAAGGAAAGCAACAAGGAAAAUGGUCCGCUGCAGGAAGCUCGACAAACUGUCCCUGCUGAGACCCUCGUCGUGCCCAAGGGCUGGGAAGACAUUGACCCUGCGUUGCUGGAGGAGUUCAAAGAUAUCAUCAAUUUGUUCUAGUGGCCAGAAGGAUGGCUAUGGGUUGAUCCAGGUCAACGAGUCACUUUGCUUCUAUUCCUGAUCUCAGUUCGCUAUAGUAUGACACA